AUGCCGGCAUUGGAUACUGUUGAUACACCCACAACAAUGAACGUAACAGCUUCGGAAGUAUGCUCAUCACCUACUGACAUAAAGAAACCAACAGUACAUUCACCUACAAACAAACAACAACGUAAGAGUCGCUCUUUUCACCUUCUUAUUCGGGAAAUAAAAAGGCUCCGUGAUGAAAAUUCAACCUUACGUAAUAGUGUUGCUUUGUUGAAAAACGACAUUAGAGAUGCAGCUGUCUCAAGACAGAACACAGAUGCUAGUCACAAGCGAUUUUACGAUGAAUGCAUGGACAAGAACAACAAGUUAGAAAUGGAUUUAAUGGACAAGGAAGAUGAAAUCAAACAAUUGAAAAAACAAAUUGAAGAUCUGCAAUCUCGGGUUAACUCCGGCGGAGGAUUAACGUUACAUGAUGCGGCCUAUUUUAAGAAUAAGGAUUCCUUUAUGUUUGGUUGCUAUGAAUUUGAAGAAGAUGAGAUGCAAUGCCAGCCUGUUGCCAAGGAAACAGCUUUACCUGAAGCUGAGGCCGAAAUGGACAAGCCUGCAUUGGACGAAACAAUUUCUGAAGUACAUGCAACGGUUGAGGAAGAGAAUGAGGAAGAGGAAGAAGAACCACAACAGUCGUUUGAAGAAGUUGCUACCUCUUAUAUACAUCAAGCUAUAUUAUCAAAGCUUUCCAGUGCUCGUGUCAGAUUGGAAUUAGACGAUCUUAUUGUCAAGUACGAUCCUACUUCGGAAGCUAUUUCUGCUACCUUGGCCAGUGCCUUUUUACAUUGGGUAUCUUCCUCGCUCAGCUUGAUGGAUAAAUCCCAAACUGCUGCUAAAUUGUUUGCUACAAAGAUACAAUCCGGCAUCACUGACUUUUGGGAAGCUAUAUUGCAAUAUUAUGCAGCUGAAGAGGAGUGUCAACUGCAGUUAUUGAAACAAAUCGAAUUAAUCCUUACUGAUGCUGAUAAAUUGAAAUUUUCUGGCAUUAUCACCAGUCAUUUUGAUCGACUUAUUUUGAUGCUUUACAAAUAUCAUAUUGUUGAUGAUGAUGCUAUCGUUGCCUGGUGGGAAGAUCCUAUGAGCAAUACAGUCUCCCAACAGAUUCGCUCAGUAACUACUCGUUUCGUUGAAUGGGUUCAAGAAGAAGAUGAAGAGAGCGAAGAGGGCGACGGUGAAGAUGAUAGCGAUGACGACAACGAUGAUGCAGAUAAUACCAAUGAUGAUAAUGACCAAGACCAUGAAGAUGAUACAAACAGCAGUGAAAUUGAAUCUGAAGAUGAACAAGAAAUUAUCAACAGUAUCCUUGAUACUCAUAACAAAUACUGCUGUAUCUGCCUUUUGGAAACAGACAACAAGACCGACUCACCUACAUCCAUGACCAAAUUAAAUGAAUGCAGCUGCUAUAGUAAAUAUUCCGAUGCACCUGCCAUCCCAAAACCUAAGAAAUCGGUAACGAUUUCGUUGUAA